CUCAUCCACUCCGUGUGCAGUCAUGUCUGUUCUUGCUGCCCUGCGCCCUCGUGGUCUUCUGAGGAAUGCACGCGCUUUAACUACAUCUAGCGUGGCGUCUUCGUCUUCUGCUCCGCUUCAACUUGCGUACGAUGUUCCGCGCAACUCGAAUGGUUCCCUGCCUGUCUAUACGGACAUUCGCAAUGGCGGGACCAGACAUUUGACGCUUAUUCGUAACGUGGAAGGCAGCGCAACGCGUCUGGCUGAUGACAUCCAACAAACACUAUUCCCCGCAGACUCGUCGGAGGCCGCACGGUUGAAGAUUCGUGUUCACCAGAACCGGCAUCUGAUCCUCAGUGGCGGGAGGUGGAAGCACAGCGUCGUAGACUGGCUUUCCGCCAAGGGCUUCUAA